GCGUGGAAUUAACGCCAAUAUACUAACGGAGAGUUAACGGCUGUUACGUCUGCCGUCAAUUCCGUCUCUUAUAAAAUCUAGAUUUCGUUCUUUUGGAAUCGAGGACAGCUCGAGAUCUGCAAAUCGCUCUCUCUCUCUUAAACAUACAAAGAUGGGGCUGUCUUUCACGAAGCUUUUCAGUCGGCUUUUUGCCAAGAAAGAGAUGCGUAUUCUUAUGGUGGGUCUUGAUGCUGCGGGUAAGACCACUAUUCUGUACAAGCUCAAGUUGGGAGAGAUCGUCACCACCAUUCCUACCAUUGGAUUUAAUGUGGAGACUGUGGAAUAUAAAAACAUUAGCUUCACCGUGUGGGAUGUUGGUGGUCAGGACAAGAUCCGACCUCUGUGGAGACAUUACUUCCAAAACACACAAGGGCUUAUCUUUGUGGUUGACAGUAAUGACCGAGAUCGUGUUGUUGAGGCCAGGGAUGAGCUGCACAGGAUGUUGAAUGAGGAUGAGCUGAGAGAUGCAGUACUUCUUGUUUUUGCAAACAAGCAAGAUCUUCCCAAUGCCAUGAAUGCUGCUGAGAUUACCGAUAAACUUGGCCUUCACUCCCUCCGCCAACGCCAUUGGUAUAUCCAGAGCACAUGUGCCACUUCCGGUGAAGGGUUGUAUGAGGGAUUGGACUGGCUCUCCAACAACAUUGCCAGCAAGGCAUAGAGAUUUGUUGCUUUCAGUGACAUUGGAAUUCAAAGCUGGCCCCAAAUAGAUAAAAUAUUAUUUCAGAUCAUGUUUUUAGUGUUGCGAAAGAGAUGGUUGUUCCCCUUUGAUUUCUUAGUUUAAUCUAAAUGCAAAACUCCCAUGGUAUUUGUUCA